AACCAAGCUGAGGAGUUGAAGUUCGAGACAUUCUCCACUGCCGCCCCCUCUUCUACAGCUCCACUUCCAAGUUCCAAGUGCCAAAGCGGCUACGCCACAACAAUGGCGCUUCGAUCGUCCUCGUGGCUGCUGAUCUCCCUCCUCCUCGCCGUGACGCCAGCCCCUAGCACAUGUGAGGAUAGCGUCCGCAUCGCGGACGCAGGCGGCUUGCUGCAAUGCUACCCGGCGCCGGCGCUCACCAACGCCACCAACGGCACGGCGUUUCGCGCCACCCUGCUCCCGCUCCUCCGCUCUCUCCCCUCCGCCGCCGCGCACACGUGCUUCGCCUCCCUACGGUCCGUCACCCGCGGGGAGCGCGCGUUCGCGCGGGGGCUCUGCUUCGGCAACACCACGGUGCCGUCCGAGUGCGCCCGGUGCCUGUCCGCCGCGGCUGGGAACCUCACCGCUGGCUGCGGUGCCACCAGCCGGCGCGCUGGCAUCUGGAGCGACCGGUGCUUCGUCGGCUACGCCGACACCAAUGCAUCCUCGCCAAGCGAGGACGCCUUCCGCGCCCGGGUCCUCUUCGACGCCGUCCCUGCCUCUAAGGUCAACACCAAAUCCUUCUACUACGCCCACCUGCACAAUGAGCUCGUCGCCAUGGCGAAGGACGUGGCGCGGCGCGCGGCCGCAAACAUCUCCGGGCCGCGGAUGCUGGCCACAGCGGAGGGGACCAACUCCGAGAGCGUGGUGAGCAGAACAGUGCACGUUCUGGCGCAGUGCAGGAGGGACCGCACGGCGGCGGACUGCGUCCAGUGCCUGCAGGAGUCGGUGCAGGGCGUGGACUGGGACCUCAACGUUGCCCGCGUCGACGGUGGCGUGGCGGCCGCGGUGGUGGGCUUCAACUGCUACCUACGGUUCGAGGUCUCCACUGCAGUGAGUGACAACGAUCUCAAUACCGGUAUACAAGUGGCGUUUGCCUUGGUAUGUACGUUGGCAGGAGCCCUAUCGACGUAUCUGUGUGCUUUUGACAGGUGAAGAGGAGAAGGAGGGAUGAAGCAGCCACGUGCCCACAUAGGGCCAGCACGCAUGUCAGUUACAGAGAUAAUCGGAGCAAGCUACAACAACUCUGGGGCAACAAGCCGAACGAUCAAGAUAGGCUGCGUACAUAGGCUUAUGGUUCACGGGUUAAUGUUCGAGACCAACGUGUGUAUGUGCGUUGUCCAUCAGUAAGUGGUGCAUGUGUGAUUCUGUUCUACUCCCUUCGUCCCAUAAUAUAAAAUGGUUCUUAUAUUAUGGAAUGUAGGGAGUAGUUUCGCUCGAUUAUUAUGUGGGUCGUAAGUUGCAGUAACGGAAUGGCACCAUUGUACAAUCGAGUCAUAAAAUUUU